AUGUUCAACUUGAUAGACUUUUCCCUCAAGGAACGUGAAAAAGUCUCCCCAACAAUUUUUGACGGAUGUGGCAGUUUCUACAUCAAAUUCCUUGAAUAUUUUGGCCUCAAGGAUCGCCGCGAUAAGAUCAAAUAUAGGUCCAGCAAGCCACUCACUGCAGAGUUAUGGAAUUUCAUCUUUGAAGAGUUAAAGGGAAAGUCCUUGCUUGCAGAUGAUCCUGAAACUGCCAAGAAAAUAGGUUCAGCCCGAGGUGACUGGGUUCUCGAGGACAGGGUUGUGCAGGAUAGUAAUUUGGUUGUCCAGGAUGGUGAUAAGGAUAAACAUAAGGUGAUCAGUAAGUUGCUAUCUUAUGUUGUUGAUGUUGAGUAUGACCAGAGCAUUCUAUUGUGGCACAUUGCUACUGACUUGUGUUAUGAGACGAACAAUGUUGUUGGUGAUGAUAGUCACCGUGAUGAUAGUCAUCACCGUGGAUUUAGUAAGACUCUGUCUGAUUAUAUGCUGUAUCUCUUAGUGAUGCAGCCUACUAUGAUGUCUUCUGUAGCAGGAAUUGGACAAACAAGAUUCCGCGACACUUGCGCAGAAGCAAAGAAAUUCUUUAGCAGAAGUGAACUGGAAUCAGGGGUGGAAGAAAAAGUAGAGGUCUGUAAAGGGCUCCUUGACGUAAAUACAGACGUUCAACCUAUUGAUGUCAAAGGGGACAGGAGCAAGUCCGUAUUGUUUGACGCAUGUAUUCUGGCCAAAGAGUUGGCCAAAAUGGAGGAAAAUAAAUGGGAACUCAUCAGUAAAGUGUGGGUGGAAUUGCUCUCGUAUAGUGCAAGUCAUUGUAGAGCAAAUAACCAUGCUCAAUUGCUGGGUAAAGGUGGAGAGCUUGUCACUUUUGUUUGGUUAUUGAUGGCUCAUUUUGGCAUCGGGGAGCAGUUCCAAAUAAACGAAGGCCAUGCAAGAGCAAAACUCAUUGUGGAAAAGUAA